GUUUGCAGAACCCAACAGAGUUUCUAUGUAUUUGGUACUUGCUUUGUGAUUCCCAGAUCAAACUUUUAUUAAGUGAUUUGGAGAUCAAGCUUUUCAACGCAUAUUGGAUCAAUCUCUCUCUCUCUCUCUCUGUGAAACUGCUGGAUGAUAUCUGCAAACCAAAUGAGUCCACUAAUGUUUGUUUUAGUAUAUGUAAUCUUGAUUCUGAAUGGCCAUGUGGAGGCCAGGAGCAAUGUUCACAUAGUUUAUCUGGGAGAGAGGCAGCACGAUGAUCCCAAGUUGAUCACAGAUUCGCAUCAUGAUAUGCUAGCCACAGUAGUGGGGAGCAAGGAAAUGGCUUCAGACUUGAUGGUCUACAGCUACAGACACGGCUUCUCUGGAUUUGCAGCCAAGCUCACAGAGUCUCAAGUGCAAAAACUUGCUGAGUUGCCUGGUGUUGUUCAAGUCAUACCAAAUAGCCUUCACAAGCUGCAGACAACUAGGAGCUGGGAUUUUCUCGGUCUCUCUUCUCAGUCUUCUACCAAUAUUCUUCAUAAUAGUAAUAUGGGUGAUGGAGUUAUCAUAGGAGUCCUCGAUACAGGAAUAUGGCCGGAGUCUAAAGCUUUCAACGAAGAAGGCCUUGGGCCAGUUCCAUCUCGCUGGAUGGGUGUCUGCAAAUCUGGGGACAAAUUCAAUGGCACGGCACACUGCAAUAGGAAAGUUAUUGGAGCCCGUUGGUACAUCGAUGGAUUUCUUGCUGAGUACGGAAAGCCAUUGAACACAACUGGAGACCAAGAAUAUUUGUCUCCUAGAGAUGCAAAUGGACAUGGCACUCACACAGCCAGCACCGCCAGUGGUUCAUUCGUGGGCAAUGUUAGCUACAAGGGCCUUGCGCGUGGAACUGUUAGAGGCGGCGCACCCCAUGCUCGCCUGGCCAUAUACAAGGUUUGCUGGUCUGUUCUUGGAGGCCAAUGUGCAGGAGCUGAUAUACUGAAAGCCUUUGACGAUGCUAUACAUGAUGGGGUUGAUGUUUUAUCUCUGUCAAUUGGGUCUUCAAUUCCUCUGUUCUCAGAUGUUGAUCAGCGCGAUGGCAUUGCAACUGGUUCAUUCCAUGCUGUGGCCAGGGGCAUCACUGUUGUUUGUGGAGCUGCAAAUGAUGGACCUUCAGCAUAUUCAGUUCAAAACACAGCACCAUGGAUCUUAACUGUUGCAGCAAGUACCAUGGAUCGAGCAUUUCCUACACCCAUUACUCUUGGAAACAAUGAAACUUUACUGGGUCAAGCCCUGUUUACAGGAAAUGAGAAUGCUUUUACAGGCUUGGUAUAUCCAGAGGCCACAGGACUUGAUCUUAAUGCAGCAGGUAUGUGUCAAGACCUGUCACUUAAUGACACCAAGGCAGCCGGGAAGGUGGUUCUCUGCUUCAAUUCAAUAACGGCUAUACGGGGUGCUACAAUGCAGGCUUCAGCAGCUGUGCAGGCAGCAGGUGGUGUUGGGCUGAUUGUUGCCAAGAAUCCUACUGAUAUCUUGGCUUCAUGUGGUGGCGACUUCCCAUGCAUUGAAGUUGACUAUGAAAUUGGUACCCGGAUACUAUUUUACAUCAGGUCUACCAGGUCUCCUCUAGUAAAGUUGAGCCCUUCCAGAACAAUUGUGGGCAAUCCUACAUCACCCAAGGUUGCUUAUUUCUCCUCUAGGGGGCCUAACUCUAUUGCACCAGCAAUUUUAAAGCCAGAUAUAACUGCACCUGGUGUCCACAUAUUAGCUGCCACUUCUCCCCAUAAUCCAUCGAUGGAUGGUGAAUAUGCCAUGCUCUCCGGAACCUCAAUGUCAACUCCUCAUAUCUCAGGAAUUGUGGCACUUAUCAAAGCUUUGCACCCUAACUGGUCCCCUGCAGCAGUAAAAUCAGCCCUUAUCACAACUGCAUGGCAGACUGCUCCAUCAGGUUUACCACUCUUUGCGGAGGGAUCUCCUCAGAAGCUUGCUAAUCCAUUCGACUUUGGAGGUGGCAUUGUAAAUGCAAAUGGAGCAGCAGACCCAGGACUGGUAUAUGACAUGGGCACAACGGACUAUAUACAUUACCUCUGUUCCAUGGCUUAUAACAAUUCUGCUAUCUCCCGGCUCACAGGGCAAUCCACAGUGUGCCCCAGUAGAAAACCCUCCAUUUUGGAUAUAAAUCUACCUUCCAUAACCAUCCCAAGUCUCAGAAAUUCUAUAACUAUCACCAGAACUGUUACAAAUGUCGGAGCCUUAACAUCCAUUUACAGAGCUGUAAUUGAACCUCCAUCUGGAACAAAGGUAUCAGUAAAACCCGAAGUAUUGUCCUUCAAUUCUGCUGUUAAGAAGAUGUCCUUCACGGUUACAAUCUCCACAACCCAGGAGGUGAACACAGGAUACUAUUUUGGGAGCCUAACAUGGACUAAUGAAGCGCAUGCUGUAAGGAGUCCCUUGUCAGUGAGAACUGAACAAUCUUUUGCUGUAUGACUAAUAGAAAAAAUUUAGGAUUAAUGGGGUCUUUCGUUUGGUGUUAAAUUUUCUUUUCUAGGCUAAUAUUCAUAGGUUUUACUAAGAUUUUCAUUCAUUUUUGGAACUUUAAUUUCUUGGAUCAUCAUUUUAUCAAUAAUAAUAAAGCCUUCAUCCA